AUGCUGCUUAAACAUGGAGAUAAGAUGCAUAUGCUGGAUGAAGCACCCAUAUCACAUGAGAAGUUGGUCAAGAAAGUCAUCCAAGACAAUCAAGAUGAUCAAAAUACUUUAGAGAUUAUACAGAAAGAGAUUGCAAGCCUGCUAAAUCUACUACUCAAUUCAGAUGAGGAACAGGAAAUACAUCAAUAUUAUCAAUAG